UCGGGUUACAGUGCGCAGUCGGCUGGACUCCGCUCCAAAAUAAGUUCACUCAUUUCACAACGCACCGACUGGACGGCUCAACAAUAGUCCUAGUUUUAACAGACGUAUAGUGAAGGAGUUGUCUAAGUUUAGUUCAGGCUGAACUUUGCUGUCUUAGUUUUCAACGGAACUAAGGUCCAUCGGGUAAGGAAGCAUUUGAUUUGGUUUGUCUGGCUAUUGAAAUGUUUCGCUGCGUGGGAUAGCCUACUCUGCCCAGUUUACUGCAGGAGGAAGUGGAGUCCACCACCACUCCGCAGCCAUGAGUUCCCAGAACAGAUAUUCUAGCAGCAUGUUCCAGACGAUGGACGAGGACCUGAAUGCGUCUCUGGCCCAGGCUGAUGAGUUAUCCAGAGAGUUUACCUCUCUGUUACAGAAGGUCUCCCCCACCACCCAGUCUGUUUCUCAGACUGCCUCUGAGGCUGUGAUCCCCAGAGGAAAACUCCAGCCCUCAACCUCAGAGAGACAGACAGGAGGCACCAGCUCUCUCCCCUACUCCCCCAGCUCCAGCUUUCUCCCCUACUCCCCCAGCUCCAGCUCUCUCCCCUACUCCCCCAGCUCUCUCUCCUACUCCCCCAGCUCUACCCUCCCCUACUCCCCCAUCUCCAGCUCUCUUCCCUACUCCCCCAGCUCCAACCUCUCCAACCUGGAUCCCAUGGUCUCCAGCCCUAAGACGAUGCCCUCGUCCCCUUCCCAGGCACAACGAGACAGAUACUCUCUCUCUCCGUCCCAUCAUUCUGGAGGUCCUGACCCCAACUACUCCUAUGGUCAGCUGACCCCUCCCAACCAAUCACCUCGUACCCAGCGUCGUGCGUCUCCUUCUCCGUCUCGCCGAAUGACCUACGACCGCAGCCCGCGAGGAUCAAUCAGCUAUAUUGAUUCAAACCACUCCCCUCCUUCCUUUGCUCCUGGCUACGAUCAAUCACAUCGGGGGAGGGUACAACCCUCACACUCCUUGUCCAAUCUGCUGUCCCCGUAUGAUUCUCCUACGAUGGGUCGGACAUCCCCACGACUGGGCCGAAGCCACUCCCCUUGCCAGUUCAGCCAAUCAGCAGCACCCAGUACCCUGCCACGUAACUUUGUGCCUUUCAGCCCAUCUGAUGAAGUCAUGCAGAGACAUAAGACACCAGGUAAAUGGAAUGAGACCGAUCUGGACGUGGCAUCUCAUAAGAAGAAACCCCACCACGCCUACGACAAUACUGAGUGGCUGAGACCGUUGGUGCCAAACACCAACUGGAGAGAAUCUAACCUGGAUGGCCCUUCCUCUUCCAAGAAGGACACCCUCCCUCGUUCCCACCAGCCCACCCACGCAUCUCUCCCCCGUAACACCCGUAUUACUGUCCCUCCUGACUCGUCCUCCCUUUACCACGCCCCUCCCCAACCAAUCAUAUCCCGUAUCUCCAUCCCCCCCUGCUCCUCCUCCUCCCAGCCCCCCCGUCAGCACAGACCCAUCCCUCUCUCCGUCAUCAUGCGGCUCCAGAACCCCUACUGGGCCUCGUCUGCCCUCCACCCCCGGGCCCUGGGGCCCGAGAGGGACGUGGCUCUGUACCGCCAGGCUGUACCCAGGGAGUAUAGGGAUUACCUAGAGUACAGAGAGCCACAGACCCAGCCACAGACCCAGCCACAGACCCAGCCACAGACCCGUGAGCUCAGGCAGCCAGCCUACCACGGGGAAGUGCUGAAACCAGGUGAUGUUGACAUUGAGUUGGAGCGACUGGACCCGAUUCAUCAAAGUCCCAUGGCCCCUGACCCAGCUCUCCCAGAGAGAGAGAGGGAGACAGAGAUAGGAGGAGGAGGAGGAGAAUCCCAGGUGGUGGCCCCCAGGCCCCUCAGCCCGUCCAAGCUGCAGCCAGUGGUGGCUCCAGAGAGCCCAGAUGUCCCUGACAUGGAAGAACUGUUCCGGAUCCGCUCUGAGAUCCCCCGGGCUCUGAAGAGACGCGGCUCUGUGACCCCUAUCUCCAAACUUAACCCAAACCCUGAACCAGGGUCACAAGUCCCUGGCCAGCCCCAGAAGAAGCCAGCCAACCUGCAGCCGGAUCACAAUCGGAAACAGUACAAACAGAUCAUGAAUAAACUUUUCCGGCGGAAGGGGUUGACGGGCCAGCAAGGGGGGGAGAUGAGGAGUGACUACAGCUCAUCCUCAGACGGAGAAGGGGACAGCUUUACAUCCCUCUCCCCUGUCACUAACCCGGUCCCUGACCCUGAACCUGCCUCGCCAGAGUACAGGGGGUACAAUUCCAUCCUGCGUCGGGCCAGUCGGGAACGAGGGGAUUCUGGUCAGAGGGCUCGGCUCAGCCCUCUGGUUCUACUGCUGGACGGGUCACUGGUGGGGGAACUGGACACUGUUCAGAGGGCCGUGCAGGAGAUGAGUGACCCGAGCCAGCCGAACGACGAGGGCAUCACAGCCCUCCAUAACGCCAUCUGUGGAGGUCACUACAGCGUGGUGGACUUCCUGGUUCGUAUAGGAGCCAACGUCUCCGCCCCAGACAGCCACGGAUGGACCCCCCUCCACUGUGCAGCAUCCUGUAAUGACCUUCCUCUCUGUCAGUUCCUGGUGAGGAACGGAGCAGCUGUCAUGGCGGUGACGGAGAGUGAUGAGGCCACAGCCUCUCAGAAGUGUGACCCGUACGCUAUGGGCUUCGAGGAGUGUGAGAGCUUCCUCAGGGGUGUGGAGGAGGCGAUGGGUGUGGAGAACAGUGGGGUGCUGUAUGCCCUGUGGGAGUACCCUUCCCAGGAGGCAGACGAGCUGGGCUUCAGAGAGGGGGACAUGGUGACUAUCCUCCAGAAGCCGGAUGGGGUAGAUUGGUGGUGGGCAUCACUUUGUGGCCGAGAGGGAUUCAUACCUAACAACUACUUUGGGCUGUUCCCUAAAGUUCGUCCUAAGUCCCUCUGCUAGACUCCUCGACCCAAUCAGCCCUCGCCCCACCGAAUGGCUGGAACAGGAACUGGAGCAGAAAACUAUUGUUGAAGACCUGGGAGGAGAAACCACAUUACGCAGUAUAACCUUUGUUCCUUUGUCCUGCCUGAUUUCACUAAGAAGUGAAGUAGUAUAACAGGACAUGAGUCACUAUAGUGAGACAUAGGGCAGGUACUAGACGGGAGUGUCAGUGAUGUUAUUACUGGAUUAUACUUUGUCAAUGGUC